AUCACAUCACAAGCAUAGAUUAUAUAUCUACCAUGGUUAUCAGAGCCCUUCGCCACACAAGAAAAGUAUGAGAAAACCUUGUUGUGACAAAGAAGGCACAAACAAAGGUGCUUGGUCCAAGCAAGAGGACCAAAAGCUCAUUGAUUACAUCAGAACUCAUGGGGCAGGACGUUGGUGUUCCCUUCCCAAGGCUGCAGGACUACAUCGUUGUGGCAAAAGCUGUAGGUUGAGAUGGAUAAACUACUUGCGACCGAACAUUAAACGCGGGAACUUUGCGCAGGAUGAAGAAGACCUCAUCAUCAAACUCCAUGCCCUCCUUGGCAACCGGUGGUCACUGAUUGCUGGAAGGUUGCCAGGUCGCACAGAUAACGAGGUGAAAAACUAUUGGAACUCUCACAUACGCAGAAAGCUAAUUAAGAUGGGAAUUGAUCCCAACAACCACAAGCUACACCAAACCUUUCCAGUUCCAAAACCUUGUCAUAUUUCACGACCUGCUAGUACCGCACAAUCUUCUGCCAACAAUGAUAGAAUUUCUGACACACACAGUUGUCUUGCAGAAGAAACAGCAACAACGCUUUCUUCAACACCCCACUUAAACCUUGACCUAACCAUUGCAUUCCCUUCAUCACCUGCACAUGCUCUUCUUCAACACAAAUCUAAACCUACAACUACAAGGAACAUCAUCCAUGACCAUCAGGAUUCUGCUCCCACUGGCCUUCUCCUUUUUCUGUGAUUAAUUAAUGUUACUUAGACUCAAGUGUAUAUAGUGUUCAAUACCAUAUCUAUGUACACAUGCCAGCGUUUCAUUAUUUCCAUCUUUA